CGUAAACUGAAAAAGAUUGGACAGCUGAAGAGCCCAGAGGAUGAUCUGCCCACCCAAGGUCCCACUGAUGCCAUCCAGUGCGUCUCUCCCCAGUCCUGCCUGACCUUCCAUUCCCAGCUGGUGUUCCUCAACAUCUUGGAGUCCAUCGAGCCAGAGGUGGUUAACGCGGGACACGACCAUUGCCAGCCGGACUCAGCUGCAGUGCUGCUCACCAGCCUCAACGAACUCGGGGAGCGCCAACUGGUCAAAGUGGUCAAGUGGGCCAAAGGCAUGCCAGGUACAGUACUGGAAUAGAAGAAUCAUACAAAACGUAUUUCCAUGUGGUCCUUAAUAAGUUCAUUGUUUCAAAGAUGUCAUUAUUUGAUUUAUAACAAGUUUGCAAUGGCAUUACAGCAAAUUGGUAGUGAAGGCAUUAAGAAUUCAUCAGAGAUGUUUUGAUAAUAAUUGAAUUGUUAUUAAUGACAGUUCCAUUUUCGUGUGGUUUUUCAUUUUCUUCUCAGGUUUUCGGAAUCUGCAUGUGGAUGACCAGAUGACAGUCAUCCAGCAUUCAUGGAUGGGGGUGAUGGUGUUCGGCUUGGGAUGGAGGUCCUACAAAAAUGUCAACGCCAGAAUGCUGUACUUUGCCCCAGACCUUGUUUUCAAUGAGUAUGUGCAGCUAUGUGAUACUGAAUUCAAUUAUCUCCGCUAAAUUAUCUUAUUACCCCCAGGGCCACACCUCAGUGUUGUCCCCAUUAUGUUGGUGGAGAUUUCCUCCAGUGAGUUGGCUUCUGGCUGUACGUCAGAUGCCAAUUUUCUUCCCUCUAUGUCCGUCUUGCUCCCUGUCCCUGUCUCUGUCUCUGUCUCUGUCUCUCAUUUUCUCUUGCUCUUUCUCUCCCUCUACUUGCCUCUCGCUCUUUCUGUCUCUCUCUCACCGAUAUGUCAAGAAUUCCAUGUGCACAAGGGCUUACAAGCCUGGCUUUCAGUAACAUUUAUAUUUCAUUUCCUUGUUUGGUGUUCUUUUGUCACAUGGUAAAUCCUGAGGAAGAUGUGAUUUUUUUCAGCAUUCCAUCACCUAUGGUGCAAGUAGUGAUAUUUAGUUCAGAUCUGAAUAUUACUGAGUACGUUAGUAUCAGUAGGUGACUGAGGCAAUUCAAUGGCAUUUCAAGUGUCAUUACUAGUGUUGCAAAAUUCCAGGAACUUUCAAUAAAUUCCCUAGUUUUCCCAAAAUCACGGUGGUAGGAUUCUCGGAAUUAGGAGGGAAUAAGCAGGAAAUCUGGAAUACUCCAACCAGGAUUUCUGGAAAACCAGGGAAUUUAUUGAAAGUUCCCGGAAUUUUGCAACACUAGUCAUCAUUACUAAGGAAUAUGCACAAAUACAACAGUGCAGAAAAUUGUGGGGAUAUUAUUACCCUGCCAUGAGGUAAAUAUAAAUGUUACAACUAAAGCAUCCUUAUUAUCAUUAGCUAGGUUUCCAUCCAAUUGGCAACAGAUUUUCAUGCAAAUAUUAAAAAAUCUGCAUAAAAACAAUAUGCGCAUUUUCCCACCAGAGAUGUGUUUCCAUCAAAUUGACUUGUUGCAGAUAAAAGGCUGUGCGUGAUGACGUAGUGCACAUAAAAAUACCUUUUGCGGUUAAAUCCCAUGUACUGAAUAAAAAAUACAAGUUAAAUGGAUUUCCAUCCCAUUUUCAACUCUAUUCAUGGUUUUCUCACCAAAAUGUUUUUGUUAUAUAGCGAGUGUGCCCAUUCUGGUAUUGGCACAUGUACUCUGACCAACAGCGUGCAGAUAUUUGCACGCUGUUGACUAGAGCGCACGUAUAUCCUACAUGAGAUUAUUAUGGACAAAAGAGCGAGAUUAUUUUUAUUUGUCAAACGGCAGCCAAGCAUCGAUGGUCAUGUCACCAGAAUAAGACCCUCGAUAUUUAUUGGAAAGGAGCAUCAAGCUCAUCACCUUGCACUUUCACCACCUUGUGAAGUUCAUCAUAAAUUGUUUAAUCUGUAGUUUAAUAAACUGCAUGCUUUCCCGGGAGAACCACACAACAUGUCAUCGCGUGAGAACCACACAACAUGUCACUCCCAAGUUUACUUCGAUAUGAUGGUUAGUAUGUCAAUAUUUGCGCAUAAAAGCGUUUCCACCAACAUUUCUCACAUAAUUCAUUUUACAGACACAAAAAGAUCCCACCUUGUCUAGCGUAUUUUGUUUUGUCGACAUUUGGCAAGUUUACCGAAAAAUGUUCUGUUUCCAUCAGGCCUGUCAUGACAUAUUUUAUCCGAUAUGUACUUUACUGGCAUAAAAAGGUUGGAUAGAAACCUGGUUAGUGAUCCAUGUAGCUAAGUAAGAUGCUGAGAAUAUUAACUUCUAUUACCGUGAACUAUGUCUGCAAAUUAUGUAUACAUUAGAUGUACAAUGUCAUCAUUAGAUAUACAAUAUCAUCAUAGAAAAUCAUGUAAUCAGGUCACAUUUUCAGUUUGUUUGAAAAUAAUCCUGCAUAACAGCAGCAUUCAGUACCAAUCACUGUGAUCCUGUAUUAUCAGAUUGUAUACCCAGCGGGCAAAACUAGUUGAAAUGACAUCAUUACAACCAGAUUUCAACCAACUUUGCCGCUGGGCAGUAGGUCAAAGGUCACAUAUUAGCCUAUAACUAUGGUCAUAAAGAGGGAGGAUGACAAUUGUAAUCAUUGCAACAGUUUCACAUAAGGGUCUCACCCUCUUACCCCCUCUAUCUAUAUCUCUCACAGCAACAUGCUCACAGAUUAUCCCUCUCUUAAUAUAUUCCCCAUAGGUUCCCUCACCCCCCUCUGGUCUUUCAUUGGCUCAUUCUCUUUAUACUGUAUCUCCCCCUGACCCUCACUGGCCUCCUCCCUCUCGUCUCUCUCGUCCCCAGCCAUCGGAUGCACAUCUCCAGCAUGUUCGAGCACUGCAUACGGAUGAGACACCUCUCCCAGCAGUUUGUCCUGCUGCAAGUCACUCGCGAAGAGUUCCUCUGCAUGAAGGCCCUGCUACUCUUCAGCAUCAGUGAGUGUUGCUGCCCAGCCCAACGUUGACAGGUCCAUUCAAAUAAUGUAGAGAGCCUCACAUUGUGUAUUUGUUUUUUCAUUAAAUUGAUUUGCAAGCAAUGUCCUCUAAGCCAUUUUCAUAGAAUUUCGAACAUACUUUAUUAUCAAUAGUGAUAACACGAACAAAACAAUAAACAAUAACGUGACGUCCUAGGUCUAACACAACCUACUUGGAACAAGAUCCCACAACUACUGUGGGAAAACAGCCUGUCUAAAUGUGGUUCCCAAUCAGAGACAACCAGCAACAGCUGACACUCGUUGCCUCUGAUUGAGAACCACUCUGGCCAACAUAGAAAUGAAACAACUAGAAACUACAACACAGAACACAAACACAUAGAAUCUACACACCCUGGCUCAACAUAUAGAGUCCCCAGAGCCAGGGUGUGACAGUACCCCCCCCCCCCCCCCAAAGGCGCGGACUGCGACCGCGACCGCGCCUAAACAUAAACCAAACAGGGGAGGGCUGGGUGGGCAUUCCUCCUUGGAGGCGGUUCCGGCUCCGGGCUUGACCACCACCCUUCAACCAUCCCCCCGUAGCGCCCCUGGUCCGGUCUGGCCCAGCUGGCUGGAGCUGGACUGGACAUCGUAGGAGCGGAUUGUUUAGGCUCCGGUGUGGAGCAGCUGACCGGUACCUGACCAGGCACCGGUGACCCAGGCACGGGUUGUGCCGGACUGACGACGCGCACCCCUGGCUUGGUGCGUGGAGCAGGAACGGGCCGGACCGGGCUGACGAUGCGCACCCCUGGCUUGGUGCGUGGAGCAGCAACGGGCCGGACCGGGCUGACGAUGCGCACCCCUGGCUUGGUGCGUGGAGCAGGAACGGGCCGUACCGGGCUGACGACUCGCACCCCUGGCUUGGUGCGAGUGGCAGGAACAGGCCGGGCCGGGCUGGCGACGCGCACCGUAGGCUUGGUGCGAGGGGCAGGAACAGGCCGGGCCGGGCUGGCGAUGCGCACCAUUAGCUUGGUGCGGGGAGCAGGAACAGGCCGGGCCGGGCUUGCGACGCGUACCAUUAGCUUGGUGCGGGGAGCAGGAACAGGCCGGGCCGGGCUGGCGACGCGCACCAUUAGCUUGGUGCGGGGAGCAGGAACAGGCCGGGCCGGGCUGGCGACGCGCACCAUUAGCUUGGUGCGGGGAGCAGGAACAGGCCGGGCCGGGCUGGCGACGCGCACCAUUAGCUUGGUGCGGGGAGCAGGAACAGGCCGGGCCGGGCUGGCGACGCGCACCAUUAGCUUGGUGCGGGGAGCAGGAACAGGCCGGGCCGGGCUGGCGACGCGCACCAUUAGCUUGGUGCGGGGAGCAGGAACAGGCCGGGCCGGGCUGGCGACGCGCACCACUAGCUUGGUGCGGGGAGCAGGAACAGGCCGGACCGGGCUGGCGACGCGCACCAUCAACUUAGUGCGGGGAGCAGGAACAGGCCGGGCCGGGCUGGCGACGCGCACCAUUAACUUGGUGCGGGGAGCAGGAACAGGCCGGACCGGGCUGGCGACGCGCACCGUAGGCUUGGUGCGAGGGGCAGGAACAGGCCGGGCCGGGCUGGCGACGCGCACCAUCAACUUAGUGCGGGGAGCAGGAACGGGCCGGACCGGACUGGUGACACACACCACUUGCUUGGUGUGAGGAGCGGGACUGGGUUUCUUCAUAACCCUCCGCUCCCUCAGCUGCCUACACAGUUCCUCUCGCCGUGCCUCUACUCUCUCCUUCUCCCUUAUCGCCUCCAGUAGCUCCUCCCUCUGAACCACUAACUCCUGCUCCCUCUGGACCAAUAGCCCCCUUAACCUGGUGGCCUCCUCACCUAACCUCCCAAUACGCCCUGUAGCUGCCUCCUGCUGCCCCGUCGCCCAUGCCGUGUGCCCCCCCCUAAAAAUGUUUUGGGGUUGCCUCUCGUCCGUCCGACGACGACACUGUUGACGCCGUUGCUCCUCUCUCCGUCGCGCCUCCACCGUCUCCUUCCACGGACGGCGAUCCAUCCCGGCCUGGAUUUCCUCCCAGGUCCAGGACCCCUGCCCGUCCAAUAUCUGCUCCCACGUCCAGGCUGUCUGCUCCUGGGCACGCUGCUUGGUCCUAUAUUGGUGGGAUCUUCUUCCGUGUUGGUUGUGUUUAGACCUAGGACGUCACGAUAUCGUUUAUUGUUUUGUUCGUGUUAUCACUGUUGAUAAUAAAGUAUGUUUGCAUUUCACGCUGCACCUUGGUCCUCCUCCUUCGACGUACGUGACACAUAAUGCUGUCGAAAUGAUGCAGUACAAUCAGAGAUUUAUAAAACCAAACAGUGUAUUAUUAAUAGUUGAGCAACAGAGAUUCAAUAUUGUGGACAAAACAACAAUAACGUUGCUUGUCUCCUUUGCAGUUCCAGUCGAUGGUCUUAAGAGUCAGAAGUACUUUGAUGAAUUGCGGCUGACUUACAUCAAUGAACUUGAUCGCGUCAUUAACUAUGGAAGGAAGUCCAACUGCUCUCAGAGGUUCUAUCAACUCACCCGCCUCAUGGAUUCACUCCAACCGGUGAGAGACAAUGUGCAUCCUCAAUAACUGUAUAUGAUUUAUUCUGUUAUCAUAGAAUGUAUCAAGCUAAUAGCCUGGAAUAUAGAUGACCUAAUGUUAAAUUACAGUACCAAGAUUUAAUGCAAUAUUUUAUCUAAGUGAUAAAAGUCUAAAUUUGUCAUGUUUAACUAAACAAAAACUGAGAAUGUGAUAGAAUUGUAAGGGAGUGGUUAACAUGAGUGUUAUCUCACCUUAUUUGCUGGGUGCUCUACUAUAUAUGACAAUUACUUCAAAUGAAAUCCCAAGUUCAAGAACAUUGGGAAAUGGCGGCACUCCAAAAAAAAAAAAGACGUCACUCAUUUCACCUUUUGUUUUUGGAGGGGCAGGCUAACGCGUUUUCGGCAGUUAUACCUUCAUUACAUUUACAUUUUUAGUCAUUUAGCAGACGCUCUUAUCCAGAGCGACUUACAGUUAUACAUACUCUUCAUCAGAGCAUCAAGAGAUGUGCCAAAGCCAUCGUUUUUUUAUGCAGGUGCCUAGGUGAUAAUUACAGUUGCCCACAUCUGUGUGAGGGCGGUGCAUAGUGGUAUUCAAAACAUUAGUCAACAAACAAUUGCUACAAUAUACACUACCAGUGAAAAGUUUGGACACACCUACUCAUUCAAGUUUUUUUUAUUUAUUUUUACUAUUUUUUACAUUGUAGAAUAAUAGUGAAGAGAUCAAAACUAUGAAAUAACACAUAUGGAAUCAUGUAGUAACCAAAAAAAGUGUUAAACAAAUCAAAAUAUAUUUUAUAUUUGAGAUUCUUCAAAUAGCCACCCUUUGCCUUGAUGACAGCUUUGCACACUCUUGGCAUUCUCUCAACCAGCUUCAUGAGGUAGUCACCUGGAAUGCAUUUCAAUUAACAGGUGUGCCUUCUUAAAAGUUAAUUUGUGGAAUUUCUUUCCUUCUUAAUACAUUUGAGCCAAUCAGUUGUGUUGUGACAAGGUAGGGGGGUAUACAGAAGAUAGCCCUAUUUGGUAAAAGACCAAGUCCAUAUUAUGGCAAGAACAGCUCAAAUAAGCAAAGAGAAACGACAGUCCAUAAUUACUUUAAGACAUGAAGGUCAGUCAAUACGGAACAUUUCAAGAGCUUUGAAAGUUUCUUCAAGUAAAGUCGCAAAAACCAUGAAGCGCUAUGAUGAAACUGGCUCUCAUGAGGGAAUGGAAAACCCAGAGUUACCUUUGCUGCAGAGGAUAAGUUCAUUAGAGUUAUCAGCCUCAGAAAUUGCAGCCCAAAUAAAUGCUUCACAGAGUUCAAGUAACAGACACAUCUCAACAUCAACUGUUCUGAGGGGACUGUGUGAAUCAGGUCUUCAUGGUCGAAUUGCUGCAAAGAAACCACUACUAAAGGACACCAAUAAUAAGAAGAGACCUGCUUGGGCCAAGAAACACGAGCAAUGGACAUUAGACCAGUGGAAAUGUGUCAUUUGGUCUGGAGUCCAAAUUGGAGAUUUUUGGUUCCAACCGCCGUGUCUUUGUGAGUCGCGGAGUGGGUGAACGGAUGAUCACCGGAUGUGUAUUUCCCACCGUAAAGCAUGGAGGAGUAGGUGUUAUGGUGUGGGGGUGCUUUGCUGGUGACACUGUCAGUGAUUUAUUUAGAAUUCAAGGCACACUUAACCAGGAUGGCUACCACAGGAUUCUGCAGCGAUACGCCAUCCCAUCUGGUUUGGGCUUAGCGGGACUAUCAUUUGUUUUUCAACAGGACAAUGACCCAACACACCUCCAGGCUGUGUAAGGGCUAUUUUACUAAGAAGGAGAGUGAUGGAGUGCUGCAUCAGAUGACCUGGCCUCCACAAUCCCCCGACCUCAACCCAACUGAGAUGGUUUGGGAUGAGUCGGACCGCAGAGUGAAGGAAAAGCAGCCAACAAGUGCUCAGCAUUUGUGGGAACUCCUUCAAGACUGUUGGAAAAGCAUUCCAGGUGAAGCUGGUUGAGAGAAUGCCAAGAGUGUGCAAAGAUGUCAUCAAGGCUGGCUAUUUGAAGAAUCUCAAAUAUAAAAUAUAUUUCCAUUUGUUUAACACUUUUUGGGUUCUACAUGAUUCCAUAUGUUAUUUCAUAGGUUUGAUGUCUUCACUAUUAUUCUACAAUGUAGAAAAUAGUAAAAAUAAAGAAAAAUCCUGGAAUGAGUAGUUGUGUCCAAAGUUUUGACUGGUACUGUAUAUAGAAAUACAUACUCAAAUAUACAGUACAUACCUAAAUGCUAUUUGUCGAGUUUAUUGUGCUGAUCUGUGUAUUUAUAUAUAUAGUAACAAUUGUUUUAAUACUACUAUGUACCACCCUCAUACAGGCAAUUGUAAUUAUCACUUAGGCAGUUGCAUAAAAACUAUGGCUUUGGCAUAUCUCUUGAUGCUCUGAUGAAGGCACAACUGCCAAAAUCCGUUAGCCUGCCUGGACGAAAAUGUAAAGGUGAAAUGAGGUGACGUCUUAAACAGUGCCGCCGUUUCCCAAUGUUCAUUUGAAGUGACAGAAUUGUAACUUUGUAUUGUCUCUGUCCAUCUCUCCAACACCCAGAUCGUGAGGAAACUCCAGCAGUUUACAUUUGAUCUGUUUAUCCAGGCCCAGUCUCUGCCCACCAAGGUCAGCUUUCCAGAGAUGAUUGCUGAGAUAAUCUCAGUACAUGUGCCAAAGAUCCUGGCAGGCUUGGCCAAACCAAUCCUUUUCCACAAG